UUUGAUAGUGGCGUGAUGGAAGCUGGCGCAGCGGAGGGGUGAUGGACGACCGCAUAGCAUCAACUUGCUGACUUGACUGGUGGCUACAGAAGAAGUCGCGGCCUUGGUCAUUGACAAUGGCUCCGGUAUGUGCAAGGCCGGUUUCGCCGGUGAUGAUGCGCCCCGAGCGGUGUUCCCUUCCAUCGUCGGCCGACCCCGUCAUCAUGGUAUCAUGAUCGGUAUGGGUCAAAAGGACUCCUACGUCGGUGACGAGGCACAGAGCAAGCGUGGUAUCCUGACCCUCAGGUACCCCAUCGAGCACGGUGUUGUGACCAACUGGGACGACAUGGAGAAGAUCUGGCAUCACACCUUCUACAACGAGCUUCGUGUCGCCCCCGAGGAGCACCCCGUCCUCCUCACCGAGGCUCCCAUCAACCCCAAGUCCAACCGUGAAAAGAUGACGCAGAUUGUGUUCGAGACCUUCAACGCCCCCGCCUUCUACGUCUCCAUCCAGGCCGUCCUCUCCCUGUACGCCUCCGGUCGUACCACCGGUAUCGUGCUCGACUCCGGCGAUGGUGUCACCCACGUCGUCCCCAUCUACGAGGGUUUCGCCCUGCCCCACGCCAUCUCUCGUGUCGACAUGGCCGGCCGUGACUUGACCGACUACCUCAUGAAGAUCCUCGCCGAGCGCGGCUACACCUUCUCCACCACCGCCGAGCGCGAAAUCGUGCGUGACAUCAAGGAGAAGCUCUGCUACGUCGCCCUCGACUUCGAGCAGGAGAUCCAGACGGCCAGCCAGAGCUCCUCGCUCGAGAAGUCCUACGAGCUUCCCGACGGCCAGGUCAUCACCAUCGGCAACGAGCGCUUCCGCGCCCCCGAGGCCCUCUUCCAGCCCUCGGUCCUCGGUCUCGAAUCCGGCGGCAUCCACGUCACCACCUUCAACUCCAUCAUGAAGUGUGAUGUCGAUGUCCGUAAGGAUCUCUACGGCAACAUUGUCAUGUCCGGCGGUACCACCAUGUACCCAGGUAUCUCCGACCGCAUGCAGAAGGAAAUCACCGCGCUUGCCCCGUCCAGCAUGAAGGUCAAGAUCAUUGCUCCCCCCGAGCGCAAGUACUCUGUGUGGAUCGGUGGCUCCAUUCUCGCCUCCCUCUCGACCUUCCAGCAGAUGUGGAUCUCCAAGCAGGAGUACGACGAGAGCGGACCGUCUAUUGUGCACAGGAAGUGCUUCUAAGCGCCUCGUCGCCCGCAGUGCGUCUAGGCUCUUGCGUGCCGUCCUGGUCCACAGAAUCGGCAAUGCGGCUGUGAAACCGGGGAGGAGCGUCUUAAGAGUUAUUCAUGGAACAAUGAGAAGAGAGUGUGUGUUUGCGUGUCGAGUGUUAGAGCGGUGGUACUAUGCGAGCAGUUGUGGGUGCGCGGCCCAAGCGUGUGGUUCUUUGGCGGGCUUCGUUCGGCCUCUGCUCUGCUGUGGUCGGCGAUGGUUGUUCUUUGACUACUUUCCUGCAUCUGCUACUAGAUCACUGUCUCAUGGCGAGACGAUGAAAAUGGAUUGAUUUGCAUGUUGUCUCUGGCCUUGUUUUGAACUGUCCUGGAACGUGAAGCUCCGCU